UUUGUGUCUUUAAUUAAGUUUGACAUAUGAGGUUUUUUUUAAUUAAUUGCAGCAUGACAAUCAAUGGAUGGGUCUUCAUGAUCUCAGUUGGGCUAAAUGCAGCUGCAAGUGUGAGAGUGAGUAAUGAGCUUGGAGCUGGACAUCCAAAGUCUACAGCAUUUUCAGUUGUGGUGGUGACUGUAGUCUCUUUCAUUAUGUCAAUCUUCGCAGCCAUAGUUGUUCUUUUACUGCGUCAUAAGUUGAGCUACGCCUUUACCGAAGGUGAAGCCGUGGCUGCUGCUGUAUCUGAUCUCUGCUCGCUUCUCGCCCUCACCCUCCUCCUUAACGGAGUGCAGCCAGUUUUGUCUGGUAUAUAUAAAUUGGAGCAUUCGUUCAUGAACUUGCCUACGUUAAAUGAAACAUAUGCUAACUAAUGUAAAUGCACGAAU